AUGAGUUCCAAACUACGUUCUAUACGUGCAGGACACAGAAGCGUUAUUUCCCGACUUUUGAAGAAAUUUGAGGACAUCCGAGACGACGGAGACGAGCCCGUGAACACUGAAGAGUUAACUAAAAUUGUGAACAAUCUGUUGAAGAAACAAGAGACACUACAAAAACUUAAUGAGGACAUUCUAGAAAAUCUUGAUGAAGGAGAAGUAGAAGCCGAGAUCGUCGAUUCAGAUGAGUAUGCUUACACAUUAGAUGGAAAAAUAACGCAAAUACAAAAGCUCAUUCUUGUCAAUACAUCUACACUCAGUACAAAUGCAAAAGAUUUUGUCAGUUAUAGCGACCCUUCACAUUCCGCCUCUGCUCAACCCGCCUCUGCUCAGCCCGCUCAUGCUCAACCCGCUCAUGAUCAACCAAGUUAUGCUCAACCUGCUCAUGAUCAACAAAGUUAUGCUCAACCCGAGAUAUACAAUAAACAGAAUACAUGUAAUUCAAACUUCCGUGUACCGGAAACUCAGUUUUCACGUAGUAACACUAGAUUAAAUGAGUACAACAAGUUGCCCAAAUUGAAUCUUCCUACCUUUGAUGGUAAUAUUAUGCAGUGGCAGUCAUUUUGGGAUUCAUACGAGAUAUCCGUUCACGAAAACACUACUCUUGGAAAUGUUCAGAAAUUUAAUUAUUUGAAGUCACUACUCCAUGAUGAAGCAUUGAAAACCGUCACAGGGUUUGCGCUUACACAUGCAAAUUAUGAGAAAGCUAUUUCUUUACUGCAAGAAAGAUAUGGACAAUCACAUGUAAUAAGACAGAAGUAUAUGCAAGCACUAGUUGAUAUACCAGCCACUAAAUACACGAUAUUUAGCAUGAAAAACUUCUACGAUGAAAUUGAGAUACACAUUAGAGGAUUGGAGUCAUUAGGUCAAAGUGAAGACACAUAUGGAGCGUUUUUAGUGCCCAUUAUUAUGAACAAACUACCCGGUGAAAUCCGCAGAAAUCUUGCCAGACAAUAUAGAUCUACAGAUUUACAACUGAAUGAAUUACGCCGUGGAAUUUUCGAUGAACUUUAUAUUAUGGAUGCAGGCAAAACUUCAGAACAGUUAGAACACCCUACAGCUACCGCCGCCUUUCUGACAAAUACAAAUUAUAGUAAUCGAAAUAGAGGUAACAAGAAUACAAACGCAACUAACACUAAACCCAAGCCACUCUGUGCGUACUGUAAGGAGCCACACUCGUCUGUUAAUUGCACUAAAGUAUCUGAUUACAAUGGCCGGAUGUCAAUAGUGAAAAAAGAUCGUUUAUGCUUUAACUGUCUAGGACACCAUAGCUUGUCCGCAUGUAAAUCUACAAAAACUUGCAACAAGUGUCACAAACGUCAUCACACCAGCAUUUGCAAAGACAAUGUUAAAACAAAUGAAGACAACAAACCAACAGGGGAUAUAACCGUAGGCACAGUUCAACACAACGCGGAGGAACCAGACACUGUUUUACACUCGCAAUCGACAGAUCGUGUACUUUUGAAGACAGCAAUUAACCCAGUAAGUGCAGAACAUGAAAUACUUGAUGCAAAAAUAUUGUUUGACGAAGGCGCACAGCGCUCAUUUAUCACAGAGGAAUUAGCCGAAAAAUUGAAACUCAAACCUACUGGAACUGAAAGCGUUAACCUAUCCGGAUUUGGAGACAAUGCAAAUAGUACUAAAAUUCGCCAUUUGAGUACACGAUUGGUAUAUCUCAUAACUACAGAGGGUAAACUUCCGAUUCGAGUCUUGAUCGUUCCAGAGAUCGCAGUACCGAUGAGAACCUAUGUACGCCAAGCAGCAAAACUUACAUAUUUGUCAGGAAUCAAAUUAGCUCACCCAGUAACAGCAGAUGAAAACUUUGAAAUUUCUAUUCUAAUUGGAGCUGAUUACUUCUGGUCAAUUGUUCAGAAUGAUAUUAUCCGAGGCGAAGGACCGACAGCUGUUCAAUCAAAAAUCGGAUACCUGUUGUCUGGAACGCUACAUUCACACAACUCUGACACAGAUGGAUACAAGAAAGCUUCAAUGAUGAACGUGAUGAUUGCAACAAAAACCGAUGAGUACGACUUGGAGAAAUUUUGGAAAAUAGAGUCACUGGCUACCGAGAAAAUUGACACUACAAAGUUAGAAGAACAGAUGGAUAUUCAAAAGACUUAUGAAGAGAAACAAAUUCGUUACCAUGACAACAGAUAUUUUGUAACGUUACCAUGGAAAGAGGAUCACCCUACGUUACCGACAAAUAAAGCCAUUGCACAACGAAGGACGGAAAGUGUAGUAAGAAGACUUAGCAAAGAACCCAAACUACUGGAAAAAUAUGGAGAAAUAAUGGCUGAGCAGGAGAAAAGGGGCUUCAUAGAGAAAGUGGAUACUACUAAUGAGGCCGAUGAAAAGAUCAAAAUACACUAUAUUCCGCAUCAUGCUGUGAGAAAAGAUUCAACAACAACACCAAUCAGGGUCGUAUUCGACUGCAGUUGUAAAGCAACACCAGAAUCGUCUAGUCUUAAUGAUUGUUUGAUGACUACUCCACCCAAUUUAAAUGACUUAGUCGGCAUUCUUUUAAGAUUUCGUUUACACCAAUUUGCCGUUACUACUGAUAUAGAGAAGGCGUUCUUGAACGUUGGAUUAGAGACACAGGAUAGAGAUGUCACACGUUUCUUUUGGUUCGAUACACCAACAGACCCAUCAACUCCACUAUCAACUUACCGAUUUAAGUCUGUAUUAUUUGGAGCCACUUCAUCGCCAUUCAUACUGAAUUCCGUUCUACAAAAACACUUGAGAGAGAACCGUUGUGAAUAUACUGACACUUUAAAGAACGAUUUGUAUGUUGAUAAUAUACUGUCGAGUUUUCCUACAGAGAGUGCAUUACUGAAAUAUUUUGAUACAUCAAGAGACUUAUUCAUUAGAGCAGGAUUUAACUUGCGCUCAUGGGCUUCAAAUUCUCAACUUUUGCGAGACCGCGCAAAUUCACACAGCGUAUUAGACAAAGACGAACUCAUAAAAGUGCUUGGAUUGAGAUGGAACACUUGA